UUCCCAAAACCCCUUACCAGAGGCUUUUGCCCAAACUCCAUGGCAGCUGCAGCUUCUGGCUUCCUCUUCUGCUUCUCUCAGACAACAACAACAUAGACCUUAACAACUGCUGCAAAACAUGCAUCUUGUUCCUCGUUAUAAGCACCUUUUCAACAACUCCAACAACUUCAUCAUGGCUGGCUCCAAACACUUGGUUUUUCUCAAGUCGUCCCUCUUCUUCCACACUCUUACACCACCCAAAGCAGCCAACUUUUACUCACAGACUUACCCUUUUACCGCUAAAAAACUCAUCUUUUCCACCAUUCUAGCAAAACCCAGAUCCCCAAUUUUUUGUAGAAAGUCUCGCUUGUCGUAUACACCCCAUGCUCCUAUUCCCAUGCCAGUGUCUUUGGAGACUGGAGAGGAAGAUGUAAUUGAUUCAGCAGAAUUGAGGUUCUUGAGGGUUAAGUUGGAGAAGCUUGGUCUUAAUUCUGAAUCUUGUAUGCCGGGGCAGUACAAUGGUCUGAUUUGUCCGAUGUGCAAAGGUGGUGAUUCAAUGGAGAAGAGCUUAUCUCUUUUCAUCACUCAGGAAGGUGAUGCAGCUAUGUGGACCUGCUUCCGGGCUAAAUGUGGGUGGAAAGGAAGCACACGGGCCUUUGCUGAUGGUAAGUCAACAUAUGGAAAUCUGAGUAUGAUCUCCAAAGUCAAACAGCCAUAUAGAGAGAUCUCAGAGGAGAGUUUGGGAUUGGAACCUUUAUCCAAUGAGCUGCACAAAUACUUUUCUGAGAGAAUGAUAUCUGGGGAAACUUUAAGGAGGAACUCUGUGAUGCAAAGAAGAUAUGGAGAAAAUCAGAGUGUUAUUGCAUUUACCUACUGGAGGGAGGGAGUACUCGUAAGCUGCAAGUACCGGGAUAGCACCAAAAACUUUUGGCAGGAGAUCAACACUGAGAAGAUAUUCUAUGGGCUAGAUGAUAUAAAGGGAGCAAGUGAUAUCAUUAUUGUUGAGGGUGAAAUGGACAAGCUUUCAAUGGAAGAGGCUGGCUUCAAGAACUGUGUAAGCGUUCCUGAUGGUGCACCGCCAAAAGUUUCAGAUAAAGAUUUGCCAGCUGAAGAAAAGGAUACAAAGUACCAGUAUCUAUGGAACUGCAAGGAGUACCUAAAAAAGGCCUCUCGUAUAAUACUUGCGACAGAUGGUGAUCCACCUGGCCAAGCCUUAGCAGAAGAACUUGCACGCCGAUUAGGAAGAGAAAGGUGCUGGCGAGUGAGAUGGCCUAAGAAGAAUGAUGUUGAACAUUUCAAAGAUGCAAAUGAGGUGCUUAUGUUUUUGGGACCUGGUGUGCUGAGGGAAGUUAUUGAAAAUGCGGAGCUUUAUCCGAUAAGAGGAUUAUUCGAUUUCAAAAAUUUUUUUGUUGACAUUGAUGCUUAUUAUCAUCAAACCCUUGGGUAUGACCUUGGAGUGUCAACUGGAUGGAGGGCUUUGGACCAGUUAUACAAUGUUGUGCCAGGGGAAUUGACUGUCGUUACUGGAGUUCCCAAUUCAGGCAAAAGUGAGUGGAUUGAUGCUCUUUUGUGCAAUCUUAACCGAAGAGUUGGCUGGAAAUUUGCAUUUUGUUCUAUGGAAAACAGGGUACGGGACCAUGCAAGAAAACUUUUGGAGAAGCAUGUUAGGAAGCCAUUCUUUGAUGUGCGGUAUGGGGAUUCUAUUGAAAGAAUGGGCGUGGAGGAAUUGGAAGAAGGAAAGGUGUGGCUCAACGAAACAUUUUAUCUGAUUAGGUGCGAGAAUGAUUGCCUUCCAAAUAUAAACUGGGUUCUUGAUCUUGCAAGAGCAGCUGUUCUCAGACAUGGUAUCAAUGGUCUGGUUAUUGAUCCAUACAAUGAGCUUGAUCAUCAGCGCCCUGUUAGCCAGACUGAGACGGAGUAUGUUAGUCAGAUGCUAACAAAGAUCAAAAGGUUUGCUCAACAUCAUUCAUGUCAUGUGUGGUUUGUUGCACAUCCAAGACAGUUGCAUCAUUGGGUUGGCGGUCCGCCAAACUUAUAUGACAUCAGCGGAAGUGCUCACUUUAUAAACAAAUGUGACAAUGGGAUUGUCGUUCACCGUAACAGGGAUCCUGAGGUUGGCCCCAUUGAUCAAGUACAGGUUUGCGUGCGGAAAGUACGAAAUAAAGUCAUAGGAACCAUAGGUGAAGCUUGGCUAUCUUAUAAUAGGGUUACUGGUGAAUACAUGGACAUUGAUGCUUGAAAGAGAUAAUAGGCAGGAGAUAAUGUUUUUGCGCCUCACAGGUCAAUCUACUAAUUUCAUUGUUGUAACAGAAGCCUCUUCCUUAAUGUGGAAUCCAAGCUGCUGAAAUGCUCUGUGUGGUUUCCGUGCUCGUAAAAUAGGAGAAAUCAUUGCUAAGCUAUUUAAAAGUGGUCAGGUACUCAUUCACCAAAAAAUAUAGGUUAACAUACCACUUUCUUGACACCUGAUAUUAUUCGCGUAUUUUAGUUUUUCUUCUGUAAUUAAUAUUUUGCUUUUGGUGUCGCAUGUGGGUUAUCGUCCUUGUACAUUUUUCGACUUAUUCUUGGGCAGUCAACUUCUGUACAGUCAAUGCUGCAAAAAAUACUUUUGAAGGAGGUGGUGCAUACAUUAAUCUUUUAAUUGGGGUUUGUUAUCCAGUUAAUUUUAUACUCGUUGAACUGCUUUCUUUGAA